GCAACACUGACGCGUCAGCACCGUCUGGGAGGACAGCGGCGCGAGGCUGCUUCUAAACUUGAAUCACGCUCGAGGGAAACUUAGGAGGGGGAAACGAGUAAAGCGAGAGCAGCGAGAGCAGCGCGGGACUGCAGCCUGUCGCCAGUCUGACUCAGUCGGCGUUUAGAGGACGCGUUUCGGUUCGCGUCAGCACCGAGAAGGACCUUGCGUCUGCAGUAAAGAGCCCGUUUUCGGAGAGGAAACGAAGAGAACCUUUCAAGAACGCUGCGCGCAGUGAUGCGCAAUGAUGCGCUUCAUUACGCACACGCGAUAAGCGGCGGAUGCCCCUCGAAGAGGAGCCUGGGUGCGUUUCGGGUAAUGCGAACGGGACGAUGACGAGUUACGGAGGAAUUUAUUGCUAAUAAAAAAAACCUAACAAAGGGAAAAAUGAAUAAUCUGUUGGAAUAGAUGAGCUUCGCAUAUGAGGUUCCAGCCUGGAGAGGAUGCUCACUUUAGGACAAGGCAAAUGCGUUUUUUGGCAACCCAAAGUGAAACGUGAGAACGGAGCGUCUGCGCGGGUCGUUUCACAUCGGAAUCGAUCGCACUAUGUCUGAAGUAUAGCAACAGUUCCCUUCUGACUGCGCGCGAGAAUCUGGACCAGAGUGAUAUUUUAAUCUUUUAUUAUUAUUUUUCUUAUAUUUUUAUUUAAUUAUUAUGUAUUAUGUAUUUAUUUAUUUAUAGGGCAACUCAUGCCAAAAGAAGACAGGGGAAUCAGUUUGUAUACUCUUGUCCUAUAGAUGUCCUCCUAUAGAUGCCUAAACCGGUGGGUACCCGUCCUGGCCGGAACAACCACAACAUCCACCACAACUGGACAAAAUCAAGCAGACACGCUUGGACGGUCAUUAACGAGGACGAAUCAGACCAGCGCACCAACACAAUCAAUAGACUGUAUCGAUAAGCUCAUAUAUAAGGCUAAUGAUCGCGCCUGCCUGGGUUUGCUUAACAUGUUGGGGAGAAUAUGCUGUAAAAUCCAUCAGCAGCUGCAAGAGAACAAGGUACUGACAUGAAAACAGCAAGGAGAAAACUCUAUAAUUUCUUUGUAGCCAAGAUAAAACAACAUCAGCAACGGCAAGUAACUGAUUCAAAUUUGCAAGUUUCUUUUAUUAAGUUCUAGAACAUUUUUAAUGGUGGAACCAUGCUAAUUGUGGAAGUGAGAUUUAAAGAUUUGUACAUGGGAUACCCUUUUUUUCUUGCUUCGGAGGAGGUAAUGUUCAAAUAAUGAUGUGGAGUCUUUUGCAAAAUGACUGCUACGGUGAGCAUGGCGAUGGGUCGCACUGGUCAUCAAGUCUUUCAGCCGCAUGCUGCCGCUCCGAUUCCUGUGUAAUCCCUAACUCUCUGGAGUAUUGGAAUUAUGGGGUGACUGCCGCUGCCACUCAAUGAAAAAGCCAUGGAUGUGAACUACUCCACAGUCCUUGACAGCAAUUUAUCGCCGCGUGGCUCGUCAAAGCGCGUCCUGACCGGCUGCUUCCUCUCGCUUCUUAUCCUGACCACUCUGCUGGGAAACACACUGGUCUGUGCUGCUGUCACCAAGUUCCGCCACCUGCGCUCCAAAGUUACUAACUUCUUUGUGAUCUCGCUGGCCAUUUCCGACCUCCUGGUGGCCAUCUUGGUGAUGCCAUGGAAGGCGGCCACCGAGAUCAUGGGCUUCUGGCCUUUUGGCGAAUUCUGCAACGUCUGGGUGGCCUUCGACAUCAUGUGCUCCACUGCCUCCAUCUUGAACCUGUGCGUCAUCAGCGUCGACAGGUACUGGGCCAUCUCCAGCCCGUUUCGCUAUGAGCGCAAAAUGACGCCAAAGGUGGCGUUCAUCAUGAUCAGUUUGGCGUGGACGCUGUCUGUGCUCAUCUCCUUCAUCCCUGUGCAGCUGAACUGGCACAAGGCUCAGAGCACAAGCUACACGGAGCUAAACGGCACCUACGACGAGGUCCCUGACAACUGCGACGCCAGCCUUAACCGGACGUACGCCAUCUCCUCUUCCCUCAUCAGCUUCUACAUUCCCGUGGCCAUCAUGCUCGUCACCUAUACCCGCAUCUACCGCAUCGCCCAGAAGCAGAUCCGUCGGAUCUCUGCUCUGGAGCGAGCGGCCGAAAGUGCCAAGAACCGCCACAGCAGCAUGGGCAACAGCGGCGGCAUGGAUUCCGAGAGUUCUUUCAAGAUGUCCUUCAAGCGUGAAACCAAAGUCCUCAAGACUCUCUCGGUCAUCAUGGGCGUGUUCGUGUGCUGCUGGCUGCCCUUCUUCAUCCUUAACUGCAUGGUGCCCUUCUGCGAGCCCAAAGAGAGCGCCGACUUCCUUUGCAUCAGCCCCACCACCUUUGAUGUCUUUGUGUGGUUCGGCUGGGCCAACUCCUCACUAAACCCCAUCAUCUAUGCCUUCAACGCCGACUUCCGCAAGGCGUUUUCCAUCUUGCUUGGCUGCCACCAGCUCUGCCCUGGCAGCAACUCCAUUGAGAUUGUGAGCAUCAACAACAAUGGAGCCUCGGAGCCUGCCUCACAGUAUCAGCCCAAGGGCCACAUCCCCAAAGAGGGCAACAACAGCAACUAUGUGAUCCCACACAGCAUUCUGUGCCAGGAUGAGGAAGCGCAAAAGAAGGAAGAUGACUCUGGGAUUAAGACCCUGGAGAAGCUCUCUCCCUCCAUGUCAGGCAACAUGGACAGCGAUGCUGACAUUUCCCUGGAAAAGAUCAAUCCCAUCACACAGAAUGGACAGCAUAAAUCCAUACCUUGCUGAACUUUGUUGUAUGGGACAUACAAGCGACUGACAAAAAGGGGGAGAAGUACACAAAGAAACAAACUUUCCAGGUUUAAAAGGAGUUUGGGAUUGAAAAAAAAGAAAAAUCUGAAGACUGAGUUUCACUGAAAACCUUAAAACCAACAUCUUGAUUAAUAAUAAAAAAAAUUGUGAAGAUUUAAAGAAUGUUCAAAUAGAAGGCACUUUAUCUGGAUAACUAUCUGCAAAAUACAGCAUUGAGUUGGUGAAGUUGACAGGUUAGUCAUGUAUACGCUAAAUAACUUGAAUAACCCAACGCAUUCAUAUGUGCACACUUCUGUUGCAUUUGUGUGCACAAGUGUGUUCACAUAUGCGUGCCAGUUCAGUCCUGGCAGAGAAACACUAUUCAACUUACUGUUCAAACUGAUGGAAAAUGGAUGUUGGAGUGUUAGAAUAGUAGUUAAAAAAACUUGUAGGUGAGUUCUGUACAUAGAUUAUGUACCGCUCGCAAGUAGAGACAUUGGUUUGCAUUACUGUCAACAGAAAUGUGUAUAUAGCGUUGUUUUUAUUUUUCACUGUUUAUCAGAGUUGGCUCAGUUGACAGCUCCAUAUGCUGCUAGUUGUGCUAAUGUUAUUUCGACAGAUGCAAGCCUGCUCAGAUGUCCUGUUGUUCAUGGAGAGCAGUGGCGUCGCUCAGCUACUCCUUCUUAAUGUGCAUUGCUAUGACAUGAGCCUGAGGUCACAAAGAUUCUGUGCAAUUGGAAUUGGAUUUAUCAGCUGAUGUUAUCAGGUACUUUGGUUUAGGGAAACAAACAUUUGUAGCGUUUUUUUUUUAUCCUCAUUCUCAUCUUUUUUUUUUUUAGUUUUAGUGCCAGUGCAAGCCCUCCAUUAGAAAUCUGUAAUCUGAUUGGCACCUGUAAGAUUGUGAGAUGCUUUAAGGACCUCAGAGGAUCCUCAUGUUGUCGUUUUGUUGUUGUUCACCUUGUCAAAUUGAAGGAAAGGUUACAAAACAAGUUCCAAGUUGUUCCACACUCCCCCUCCCUCUCCAUGUUGAUUGGCCUGCCACACCAGACGAAUGCCAUCUCCCAGAGGAGACCGUCU